AGGAAAAAAGGGCAAAAUAAAAGAAGCUAAAGAAACAACAAAUUAAAAGCAAAAGUUGCGAAAAGCAAAAAACCAACGAGUAUAUGAGAUUCUUAACUUGAUCUAAUCGUCAAACACACUUAAAAUCUGAUGAAAACCAACAUUGAACUAAAACUCGAAAACAAUUAACUCCCUUUUCCUCGAAACACGAACACGAUGGCUCCAACAAAGUUGAUCUUGAUCUCAAUGCUGGUGACGCUAGCACACACCCAAUCCAAACGCACCCAAUUAUGCCGCAGCUCCUGCGGGCAGAUCCCAAUCAGUUACCCGUUCGGAGUGGACGACGGCUGCGGCAGCCCCUACUACCGCCGCAUCCUCGUCUGCUCCGACUCGGGCGACCUCGAGUUCCGCACCCCCUCGGGGCGCUACCCGGUCCUCAACAUCAGCUACUCCGACCCCCACCUCCUCAUCACCGACCCCUCCAUGUGGUCCUGCCGCGACGGCGACGGCGACGCCUUCCGCCCCACCACCGCCUUCAGCCUCGACACCAGCACCCAUUUCCGCCUCUCCCCUCAGAACGACUACCUCUUCUUCAACUGCAGCCACGACGACGUCAUCAUGGAGCCCAAGCCCGUCUUCUGCGAGCGCUUCCCCGACCAGUGCGACUCCGCCUGCGACACCGCCAGCUAUCUCUGCCGGCAUCUGCCCCACUGCGGGGCGGCGCUGCAUGCCGCCUCGUGCUGCUCCUACUACCCCAAAGGGAGCGACUCCCUCAGGAUGAUGCUCAACCACUGCUCCACUUACACCACCGUUUACUGGAGGAAUCUUGGGGUCACGCCCGCCUAUAACCAGGUGCCGGAGUAUGGGAUCAGGAUCGACUUCGAUAUCCCCGUCACCACGCGCUGCCUCUGGUGCCAGGACGCCGCCAAGGGCGCCGGGACGUGCGGCUUCGACGUCGGAACCCUCGAUUUUACGUGCUUGUGCGAUAAGGGGAAUGCCACCACCUAUUGUAAAGAUCGCAGUGGGCAGGGGACCAGCCCGGCAAUGGUGGCAGGGAGUGUGAGUGCGGUGUCUGUUGCUGGAGCAUUUGUUGGAGUUGGAAUUUGGUACCUUAGAAAAGUGAGAGCGAAAGCUCCCGUGACUCAUGGAGUUCAGACCAACGAGAAUAGACUUUUUUGAUUUUCUUCCAACCAAUGAAUCUUAGCUGCUGCCUACACUUCAUUUUUGCUCUACAAUCUUUUCUUUUCUUCUCUGAGUUAUUUCAGUGAUUACUUACAGUUGAGGCAA